AUGGCAGCGCCAAAUAACGAGACGAAAGGCGAGAAAGUUUGUGUUCCUCGGAAUUUUUAUCUUCUUGAUGAACUUGAGCAAGGACAAAAGGGAUCUCAGGAAGGGAGUAUUAGUUGGGGGUUGGAAAAUAUGGGUGACGCAACACUUACUAAAUGGAAUGGAAUGAUCCUAGGUCCUACUCGAACUCCCUUUGAAAACCGUAUAUAUGAUUUGCGGAUCGAAUGUGGACCAAAGUAUCCAGAUAUUCCUCCAACGGUUAGGUUUGUCACUAAAAUACGUAUGCAUGGAGUGAAUGAGAAUACUGGUGAGGUUGAUCCUCGAAUGUUUGCAACGCUAUCUAAUUGGACUCGUGGAUAUUGCAUACGUCAUGUGCUAUUGGAUGUCCGCAAAAAAAUGUCUGCAUCCGAGAAUUCGAGACUUGCUCAACCACCAGAAAAUUCCACUUUUUAA